UUCUUGUCGACUUGGUGAAUUUAGAACCAGCAACGUGAAAAGCCCCGUAUGGGUCAGAUCAGAUGUCCCACAAGAACUCUUCAAUAACUUGACAACAACUCCACCAACCAAUCCAACCCAACCCAACGCAACAACUGAACGGUAGUUGCAGUCAAACUUCGGUCAAACUUCCGAAAAUGACGCAAUCAACCGCCGCCACAGCUACGGCCACCUCAACCUCAACAACAACAACUACCUACACAUCAAUCCCAAUCUCAUCCACCGACGUACUCUCCCGAUCACUUCAUAACCUUACAACCGCCAUCUCCACCCACCGCCCUUGGCCCGAACUCAUCGCGUCCGGACUCUUUACUCGCCCCGACUCCCUUUCCUCCGCUCUGACCCGCCUCCACAUCCACUUCCGAUAUUUUCGCAUCAACUACGCUAUCAUCGUUUCCUUAUGCGGCGCUGUCUCACUCAUCGGAUCGCCGGUAGCUCUGAUCCUAUUCGCAUUCAUAUUCGCUCUCUGGUUGCUUAUCUACUUUUUUAGAGAAGACCCACUCGUGUUAUUUGGGUAUCAAGUUAGCGAUCGUAUGGUUUUAAUAGGCUUAGUUGUGGUGUCUGUUUUGGGGAUUUUUUCAAGCGGUGCAUUCUGGAGUUUGGUAUUGGGGAUUGUUAUUGGAGUUUUGGCAUGCGGGUUUCAUGCCAUUUUGAGGAAUACAGAUGGGUUGUUUCUUGGUGAUCAGGAAGAAGCUUCUGGAAGUUUGAUUGGUUCUGGUUCUGGUCCUCUUAGAUAUGGAGCUGUUUCUGCAAUCUGAUUGUGGGGAUCUUUCACCCUAUAGAAUUGAAUUUUGACUCAUUUUUGUGACUUGUAAUUGUUUGAUUCAUUGUUCAUACCUGAAAAAACUGUGUGAGUUUCUUUAUCCAGCGAUUCAAACCUCAAGACCUCGCAGCUAACAGCUCAGAACAGCUUUGAGCCAAACCUCAUUGGUCAAAAAUUUGUUUUGGACUUGACUGAGAUAGUCUUAUUUUAUUUUUACUGUUUUUGUGGAGUGUAACCAAGUGUGUGGUUCUUGGAUUGUGAUGCUUCCAAAGUUUAUUUUGUUUUCUUUGAUUCUACUCUACAACUGUAAUUUUUUUUCCUCUUUAAUCUAUAUUUCUUUAUUGAGUGAGGUUUGAGCUUGA